CUAUGGUUCUUUUCCAAGUGAGUAUGAUUAUUGAUUUGUGAACACUAAACGUUGUUGAAUUUCGUUGUUAAUGCCAUUAAUUGCUGGCGAUCAUUAAAUUAAGUCCGGAAAUAUUGAAGCCGUUCAUUUAAUCAGUAAGUCGAAGAUUUUGUAGACGUUUUAGAAGUAACGAGUGCGUAGGAUUUGAAGUUUUGGCUGCGACGCCAUUUUGUGAAUGGUACAUUCGCUAUUUUGAAGUACAUGACAUAAUUUUUAUAUUUUGUAUAUAAAAUGUCUGAAAACACGCCCAAAGAGCCCCCCUUACAGAAUAUGGAUAUGUGGAUGUCUAAUCCAAAUAUGUGGAUGUACGGUAUGCAUCCUUCAUACAAUGGAUAUCACGGCGGAAUGUAUCCGCCGUUUUACAACAAUCAGUAUUAUAAUACUAUGCCUCCCAACGGUGGUUUUCAUAACAACGAUCAUCAUCAAGGAAAUUUUGUCCAUCCUAAUAUCUCAAAACCUCCGCCACCCGCACCUCUUCUUGGAAUGUCACCCUUUGACACAAAUCGUCCAUUUUAUUCUCAACCGCCGAUCAGAUUUAAUCUAAACAAUAAUAGAAAAUCAGCACCUAUUCCUCCUAAUGAAAAUCCCCUACUUGUUAACAACAAUGCAAAGAAAAAGCGUAAGAAGGCCAACAAAUCGAAUGAUGAGGCAGAAACAGAUGUAUUACCUCCUCUGCCCGAUCAUCCUCCGCCAUUGCCCCCAUGUCCACCUCCAGAUCUUCCACCUCCUCCUCCUCUUGAUGUACCAUUACCUCCCCCUUUAGCAACAGAAGACAUUCCUGAGCCAUUAGAAGAACAAAUUCAUGUGGAUAAUAAGGAACAGGAAUUAAAUAAAAAUGAACAACAGGAAAAUUCUAUAUUCUUACCAUCCUCCACAAUUUGUCCAACAGCAAAUGGGACAUGGCCUGAAAGUUUAGAGAGGUAUAUUAAAAGAUGUUACGAAAAAUGUAGAACAACUUUUGACCGUGAUCAAAUUGACAUAUGCUUAAAGGGACGUAUUACAGCAGCCGCAAAUAAAGAUGAAAUAUGGACCAGAAAUUGGGAUGAGGAACCAAUUCCCAGUGUCCAUAGUGAACGUAAUAAUUUGUCAGUGAAGCCCGUUAAGGGCUCAUUGUCUUUAUAUCAAAAAUCAGAGAGCCUUUCAGAUAGUAAGCCCAAGUCAGGUCCAACAAGCAGAGGUUACAGUGCACAUAAAAGCCCACAGCAAAGACGCCGACGUCACUCGAGAAGCAGAUCUAAAUCUAAAAGUCCAAAGAAACAUAUGAGUACGUCUUCACCAUCCAGUGAUGAAUUUGAGGAUAAGAAAAUUUUAAAAAAUAAGAAUCGGCAAAAGGUUAAAGAUAGAUUAUCAUUAGAUCAGAAAAAACCAAACAAAUAUAAUAAAAAUGGCAAAAAGAAAAACUUCAACCAAUUUGUUGUUGAGCAUGUACAGGUUAAUGCAGAGAAACUGCAGAAACGUGCAGAAAGAUUUGCAAACACAAAUAUACCUAGUGUUGCUAGCUCUAUACAAAUUAACAACUGUAAAAUGGAUCCUAGCCCAAGAAGGUUAUUCAUUCAAGAUACCGAAGGAGAUUAUGAGCUAAAUAAUGUACACAUUGUAGGUACAUGCUCUGAUAUUGAAAAGUCAUUUUUGAGGUUAACUAAAGCUCCUGAGGCAUGUGAAGUGAGACCUGUUUCUGUUUUGAGAAGUUCACUUAAGAAUGUGAAAGAAAAAUGGAUAGAGAGACAGGAUUACAGAUAUGCUUGCGACCAGCUUAAAUCUAUAAGACAGGAUCUAACAGUUCAAGGUGUGAGAGAUGGUUUUACUGUAGAAGUUUAUGAAACACAUGCAAGGAUAGCAUUGGAGAGAGGUGACCAUGAGGAGUUCAAUCAGUGCCAAACACAAUUGAAAAUGCUGUACACAGAGUUACCAGAUUGCAGAUCCAAUGCUGCUGAAUUUACUGCUUAUAGGAUAUUAUAUUAUGUAUUUACAAAAAAUACACUAGAUCUAACAACAAUAUUCCAGUUUCUUACAAAAGAAGACAGAGAAAAUGAAUGUAUUAAACAUGCCCUACUUACUCGGUGUGCUUGGGCUACUGGCAAUCUUCAUAAAUUCUUCUUGUUGUAUAAGACAGCUCCCCUGAUGGCAGGCUACCUAAUGGACUGGUUUGUGGAGCGGGAGAGGAAGCAAUACUUGAAGUACAUCAUAAAGUCCUACAGGCAGUCAGUUCCUGUGGACUUCAUUGUUCGAGAGCUGGCGUUUGAGUCAACCUCCAAGGCCUUAAAAUUCUUAAACAAAUUUUCGUUAAUAUACACUGGCAGCAAUCAAACUGAACUGGAUUGCAAAGCCAGCCUACCAGCUAUUGCAAGUAUUUAACAUUUUCUGUUUGUUAGCCCUCCUGUUAUAGUAGCAUGGUGCUGCGCAGUCAUGUAACUGCCUCAUGGUUAGCGGGUAUCAAUAAUCCGGCGUGGCGGCACAACUUCGCUUGUCACUACUUGUCUUGGAUGCAGCAACAA